CCUCAGCUUCCAUUGUCCCGGGCGCGUCACUUCCGGUGACAAUGACGUACCGUCUUUAUACAGCAGAAGGGCGGGGUAAUGGGGUUGCUACGUAACCAUGUGGCAGUGAGCACUGAUUGGCUGCAGCCUGGGUGCGGGACGUGAGUUACUGCAACACCGCAACAUGGCGCUGAACAGAAACCAUACGGACGGCGGAGGCGUCAUAGUCAACAACAGCGAGAGUGUUCUGAUGUCUUAUGAACAUGUGGAGCUGGCAUUCAGUGACAUGGAGAAUACUCCUGAUGUUUUUCGAGGGACCAAGAAAGGCAGAGUAAUGCUAACACCCUACAGAGUGAUAUUUUCAUCCAAAGGAAGUGACCCAAUGCAGUCAUUCAUGUUACCAUUCUAUAUGAUGAAAGAUUGUGAAAUCAAGCAGCCUGUGUUUGGGGCCAAUUUUAUCAAGGGAACAGUGAGAGCAGAGCCAGGAGGUGGCUGGGAAGGCUCUGCCACAUUCAAACUCAUUUUUCCUGCUGGGGGAGCUAUUGAGUUUGGUCAACACAUGCUACAAAUGGCUUCACAAGCUUCAAGAGGGGGACCACCAUCUGAUGCAUUUCCAUAUAUGCCCAAUGGAGGAUAUGCCUAUCCACUGCCUGCAGCUAAUGGUGUAUAUCCUCCUCCUGCUGGCUAUCCCUUCCCACCGCCACCUACAGACUUUUAUCCAGGACCUUCAAUGCAAGACAGUUCUAUGACAUACAUGCAUCCUCCUCCUCCUCCAUACCCAGGACCCAUGGGACCAUCUGCUGCAUCUACUGCUGAUUUUCCAUCUACUCCAGCGGCUGAGGCCAAGGCUGCAGAAGCGGCUGCCAGUGGUUACAGCAGUCAGUCCAACCCUCCAUACCUUUACAUGCAACCAGACCUUCUCCCUCCACCUCCUUACUUUCCCCCAGAGGACAAGAAGAACCAGUAAGGAACUUUUAAGGAGAAGCACUUGCCCCCCAACAUCUCAAAGACCAGAUCAUCUCCAGACCCUGGAAACUGUCUUCUUUCAUAUGACACCAUUAAUACUUUACAUGGGGUGACAGGCAGUGGAACUCUUAACUAUAAAUCUCAUAAUGACCAUUGUAACACCAUGUUCUCUUGCAGUAUGUUGCUGGCAUUCAACACUGUUGCUCUUACCAUACCAUAGCUGACAAGUCUUGCUGCGUCUUUCAGUUUAAAGCAUGCCCUAAUGCUAUCCCCCGAAACCCAAUUGCUGUGCAUAUGCAAAUAAUUUAAAAGAAAGUAAUUUAUUUUAAAAUACAUAAUUAUAAUCUGCAAUAUAUUGUGCAUAAUAUAUUAAACUGAAGUGAAGGUUUA